AUGGGGGUCACUCAUGCAUUGGCAGUGCCCUUCACCUCCGCUACAGCACAAAAUUUGAUCGUGGUGCGAUCUUCCCUGUUGCAGGUGUUCUCCCUCAUCAAAGCUUCCGCUCAAACACAAGGCGAAGUCUCAGAGACCCACUCGUCAACAUCUCACCCGUCAGGAACGAAGCUACUCCUGGAAAAGGAAUAUCAAUUGCCUGGAACAGUCACAGAUUUGAGCCGAGUCAAAACUUUGAACACGAAAAGUGGUGGAGAGGCCAUUCUUCUGGCGAUCCGCAACGCGAAGCUCUCCUUGAUUGAAUGGAAUCCCGAACGCCAUGGAAUCUCUACCGUCUCCAUUCACUACUACGAGCGAGAUGAUCUGACGAGAAGUCCUUGGGUACCUGAUUUGAGCCGAUGCAAGAGCAUUCUCAGCGUGGACCCGAGUAGUCGUUGCGCGGUGUUCAACUUUGGAAUCCGCAACCUUGCGAUUUUACCCUUUCACCAAGCAGGGGAUGAUCUGGUGAUGGAUGACUAUGAUUCGGACAUUGAUGGAGAACGCCAAGCCAUUGGGAAGAGUAACGACGGAUCAGCAUAUCAAACCCCUUAUGCGGCCUCAUUUGUCCUGUCCUUGACAGCUUUCGACCCUUCUUUAUUGCACCCAGUCAGCCUUGAAUUCCUCUACGAAUACAGGGAGCCGACCUUUGGAAUUUUGUACUCUCAAGUUGCAACUUCAAAUGCCCUGAUUCAAGAGAGGAAAGAUAUCAUGUUCUAUACUGUGUUCACUCUGGAUCUGGAGCAACGGGCUUCGACGACCCUCUUAUCUGUGUCUAAGCUACCCAGUGACCUUUUCAAGGUUGUGGCUCUUCCACUUCCCGUGGGAGGUGCAUUGCUCAUUGGUUCCAAUGAGAUUGUGCAUGUGGACCAAGCCGGUAAAACCAACGCAGUGGGUGUGAACGAAUUUGCUCGUGUAAUCUCAUCAUUUUCUAUGAGCGAUCAAUCUGAUCUGGCUUUCCGCCUAGAAGGCUGUGUUGUGGAGCGCCUCGGAGGUGACAGUGGGGAUCUCGUUCUCGCACUUGCAUCGGGGGAUAUGGCCUUGGUCCGAUUCAAGCUUGAUGGUCGAUCCGUUUCGGGAAUGUCUGUGCAUCGCUUGCCAACACCUUCGGAUGGAAAUCUUUUGAAGUCAGCCGCUUCCUGUUCUGCGUGUUUCGGCGACGGCAAUGUCUUCAUUGGCAGCGAAGAUGCAGAUUCGGUUCUUCUUGGGUGGUCUCAUUCGACUGCUUCCCUUAAGAAGGCAAGAUUAGAAUCGAGACAAGGAGCUGAUGGUUUCGAUGAUCUCUCCGACGACGAUGAGAUCGAUGAUGACGAUCUUUACUCCUCUGUACCGGAGCCCACCCGAACCGGUCAAGGCACAAGCUCGGAUCAUGAAUACUAUCAUCUCCAUUUGAAUGACCGACUUUCUAAUAUUGGGCCUUUACGAGAUGUGACACUGGGAAAACCCUUCACUUCUAAGAAACAGGACCAGGACCAGUCAUACGACAAGGGAGUCUCGGCUGAUUUGGAGUUGGUCGCAUCACAAGGUUCCGACGGAGCCGGCGGCUUGGUCGUCAUGAAGCGUGAGAUUGACCCUGUCGUUACAACUUCCGAGAGGAUCGAUGGAGCCGAUGCCGUAUGGUCUGCUACCAUUCUCACCAAGGAGGAAGCUGCCAAUCAGUAUGUCAUAGUUUCGCGCCUGACAGAAACCAAUGAAGUGUCCGAGGUCUUGAAAGUCGAGAAUUCAGCCUUACAACCUUACAAGGCUCCUGAUUUCAACCCCAACGGAGAUCACACCAUUGAUAUUGGACCUUUGGCAGGAUCAUCCCGUCUCGUCCAAGUCCUCCAGAACGAAGUUCGAAGUUAUGACUUUGAAUUGGGCUUAGCACAGAUCUAUCCGAUCUGGGACGAAGAUACCGAUGAAGAACGAAUCGCCAUUAGCGCGAGCUUAAUGGAUCCUUUCAUUGCCAUACUUCGGGACGACGCUUCUCUUUUGCUACUUCAAGCAGAUGAAAGUGGAGAUUUAGAUGAAGUUGCGCUGUCGGAUGACAUUUCGAAUCUGAAAUGCCGUUCGAUUUGUCUCUAUAAGGACAAGUACCACACAUUUACUUCGGCCUCGAAUUCGGUGGAUGGUGGUGACACGCUUCUGUUUGUCUUGACUUCAGACCACAAAAUUCUGAUCAUCCAUCUUCCUGACAUGAAGCAACUGUUUUUAAUCGAUGGUAUUGACUGCCUACAACCGAUCUUGUCAGCCGAGCCACCCCGGCGAGCCAAUACAAAAGAAGCCAUUAACGAAAUACUUAUUGCCGACCUCGGUGAUCGUUGGAGUGCUUCACCCUACCUAAUUGCUCGAACCGAGAACGACGAAACCGUCGUCUACAAGCCCGCCACAAUUUCCACAGCAACAGAGGAUCAGGAGCAUCCGGUAGAAGAGCUCCGAUUCUUCCGAGAAGCUCAUCACAGCCUCUCCAACAUAACUUCCAAAACCCCAUCGGAAGAAAUGCAAAGCCGCGCACGGCCACUACGCAAAUUCAACGACAUAUCAGGGCUCAGCGGAGUGUUCUUACCCGGCGUCUCUGCAGGCUUUAUCCUCCGAACAUCAACAAGUUCACCACAUCUGAUCCGUCUCCGUGGAGAUUUCACGAAAUGGCUAGACGGCUUCAACUGUGGCGAACUUGGCUGCGAGAAAGGCUUCAUCUACGCCGAUUCAGAGAAUGUCAUCCGAGCAUGCCAAUUAGCGCCCGAUACUCAAUUCGACCAUUCGUGGACGACGCGCAAAGUCCCACUCGAUGAACAAGUGGACUUCUUGGCCUAUUCCACCGCUUCGGAAACCUACGUAGUGGCCACCAGCGUCGACGUCGACUUUCAGCUCCCGUUCCCCGAGAAGAACGAGAAGAACGAAGAUCAACCCCCAGAAUGGAGGACCAGAGACUCAUCAUUCUUACCCAAGGUGCCCCAGUCCUCGAUCAAAGUCGUAAGUCCCAAGUCCUGGUCCGUCAUCGACAGUUUUCCGCUCGAGGAGGCGGAACACGUCACAGCCGUGAAAAACAUCAACAUCGAGGUCUCGGAGAACACGCACGAGCGCAGAGAUCUCAUCGUUGUCGGAACGGCCAUGACCAAGGGCGAAGAUCUCCCCGGCCGGGGAUGCAUCUAUGUAUUUGACGUGAUUGAAGUCGUUCCCGAACCAGACCGGCCCGAAACAGGCCGCAAGUUGAAGCUCAUCGGCAAGGAAAUCGUCAAGGGGGCCGUGACUGCACUGUCGGGCAUUGGCGGCCAGGGAUUCCUGAUCGUGGCCCAGGGCCAAAAGGCCAUGGUUCGAGGUCUGAAAGAAGACGGUAGUCUGCUUCCUGUGGCUUUUAUGGACAUGCAGUGCUAUGUCAGUGUUACGAAGGAACUCAAGGGCACGGGCAUGGUUUUACUCGGGGACGCGAUGAAGGGUCUUUGGUUUGCGGGUUACUCGGAGGAUCCAUACAAAAUGACUCUCUUCGGCAAAGACCCGGAAUACCUCGAGGUCGUCACCGCUGAUUUCCUGCCGGACGGGAGUAAACUCUACCUCUUGGUCGCCGACAGUGACUGCAACCUGCAUGUACUGCAGUACGACCCUGAAGAUCCCAAAUCCUCAAACGGUGACCGCCUCCUAAACAGAAGCAAAUUCCACACGGGAAAUUUCGCCUCGACAGUCACCCUCCUCCCCCGCACGCCCGUAUCCUCCGAGCUAAUGAAAGCAUCCUCGUCCAACUUGGACACUCACAUGGAUAUCGAUGAAGACCACCCAACGCGCCAAAUCCUCAUUACGUCCCAAAACGGCUCCUUGGCACUCGUCACGUCCGUCUCAGAAGACUCCUACCGGCGUCUAGCGGCGCUGCAAUCGCAGCUCGUCAAUACGAUCGAGCACGCGGGCGGCUUGAAUCCGCGGGCCUUCCGCGCCGUCGAGAGUGAUGGGGCUGGGGGGCGGGGCAUGAUUGAUGGGACUUUGCUGCGGCAGUGGUUGAGUCUGGGGAGGCAGCGGCAGGCGGAGAUUGCGGGGCGGGUUGGCGCGGCGGAGUGGGAGAUUAGGGCUGAUUUGGAGGUUGUGGGCGGGGAUGGAUUGGGGUAUUUGUGA